AGUACAAUUAGCAAUCAGUAUCAUAUCUGCAUUCCUACUCUAUGACACAAACAAGCCUGUAGCGAUGUAGUUGGCAACACAACAAAACGAGUACUCGCACACGGCGCGCGCGCAGCCGAUCAAAGGGCGAUCGCGAUCGUUUCAAUUUAAUCCGUCGUUCGAUAUUUGAAUUGAAGUGAAUCGGUGUGAUAUUUUUUUUUAAAUUAAUUGUGAUCCUUUCUUUGUUUAAAAUUGGAUUGGGUGUUCUUUUUUUAAAUAAAGGUAUCCAUGCAGUUUUCCAAAUAGGACGAUAUCAAAAUCCAAGAUGGUGGUCGUAAGCAAGCAGCUGUUUGAUGCAGCGUGCCGUGAUGUCCACUGCAGUGUUAUGACCCAUCCCUGGAACGAAAGCUGUCUCAAAGCCUGUCCAGGGUUGUAUAAGGAUGCUGUUAUUGGAAGUGCGAAGUUCUAUUCCAUUAUAUACAUUGCUCAGAUCCUAAUGCGAGGUAAGAAGAUGAUGAAGAAAGAUCAAUGGAUCAAGAUGGGUGAAUAUUACGUGCGAUCUACCAUGUUAGGGUUAAUGGUCACAUCAGUAGCUCCCAACAUCAGUUGUUUUAUUAGAAAAAUGUUAGGAGAUCGAUUUUAUCCUUCAACGUAUUUGUUCAUACCUUUUGCUGUGUGCGGUCUCUUCAUAUACUUGGAGCCACCAAGCAGAAGAGGAUUGGUCAUUAAUUUGUUUUGUAACUUGGUGAUCGAGUACUACAUAAAAGUUCUGGAAAGAGCUGGAUUUCCUUCUGUGACGAGAACGCAUCAGACGCUGAUGUUCAUGUUGGGCAGUUCCUUGUUAUUCUACCUCAUGAGGCUUGAAGGAGACAAAAAGGAGAGAACUCCAUUGUUUUGGCUAUUUACUCCAGAAAAAGUAAAAAGAAAAACAAUUGAAUCGGAAAGUCCCUGUCCCCAUAAAGGGAAAUGUGAAAAAUAUAUUGCAAAGGGCUUCGCCACAUAUUUUGGAGUUGGUCUCGGUAUAUCCUUAGCGAGACUGAUCCUACCAAAAAUAAGUACUCCAAUACGGGCCAUUUCGUCAAUCAGAAGCAAACAUUUCAAGUUGGCAAUGUUCUUCGGCAGUUAUAUCGGUAUUUACAGAGCAGUGGUAUGCUACUUGUGUCGUAAGAAAGGAUUCGACUCGGCAUUGUACGCGUUACCAGCUGGUUAUGCCGCGGGAAUAUCAUUCUUAUUCAACCCUAGCUUAGGGUUGUCUAUAGCGUCGUUGACUGCAGCAUUUAAGGUAUACUGAUUUGGAUUUUUUUAUUGUAUGAAUACUUAAUAAAGCCUAAAGAGGUCAUAAAAAAACAAAUAUUAAUUUAAACAAAAUUAAAAGAAUCUGAAAGAAUGAGUUUUCAUUUUCGAUAAUGUUGCUGAACGUCUGUGUUACAACCUUCAUAUAAAUUUUCUAUGAACGUAUGUGGCACAGAGCACGUAGAACAAGAUAGGUUCGAUUUUCAAACUUGUAAUUGGAGCAUAGCGGUUGUUAAUAUUUUGUGAUGAACCCCUACUUAACC